GUGAAAGCAGUUUUGAAUCAGGAAGUGCUGAGGGUGAAAUGGCUUCCCAACGCCAGGCUGACAGUCAGACCGAGGAGUUAAAAUGUCCGGUGUGUCCGCAGCUCUUUGCCGAUCCCGCCACCCCGAAGUGCGGCCGCAGCCUCUGCCGCUCCCGCAUCACGCCGGGCUGCGAAAAAGAGGGGCCGAGCUCCUGCCCUGUAUGUCAGGAGCCCUUCUCAGAAAGGAACCUCAAGGCCCUGGCGUAUCUGUCGAAGAAAGCUCAGGGUUUGAGCCUGGCUUCGAAAGAGACGGUUAUCACAAGUCACUGUGAGGAACACCGGGAAGAAUCAAAGCUGCUGUGCGAAAUUGAAGAGAAACUGAUCUGUGACCCCUGCAGAGAUGCACAGGAAUACAGAGAUCACAAUUCCUUGGCCAGUGACAAAGCUGUUGAAAUCGACAAGGAAGGCGUGAACUCCGCCUCAGCUUCUCCCGCGCAGAGGGAGGCCACCGCUCCAGAAGCUGAAGGGAAACGGAAACAAGAGGUCUCACAAGUUAACGAGGAAACUGCUCGGAAGCGAAGCAUCGGUGCGGAGGAUAUUCAGCUGUCGUUACCUGAGGGUGAUCUUCCUGUGGGGAUCUACAAAGAACCUGCACAGUGCACAACUGGGAGAGAGAUUACAGACCUCGACAGUCCAGCUCCGGUCUCUCUGACUCUGGAUCCUGACACAGCCCAUCCCUGGCUCGUCCUGUCUGAGGACCUGACCAGCGUGAGACUCGGAGACAAACGGCAGCCGCUCCCUGACACCCCGAAGAGGUUUGGUAAAUAUCUGAUUGUCCUGGGAUCUGAGGGCUUCACAUCAGGGAGACAUUACUGGGAGGUGCAGGUGGGCAACAAGACUGAGUGGCUUGUGGGACUAGCCGGAGAGUCCAUCAACAGGAAAGGACCGAUCACCUGGUCACCGGAGGGUGGGGUCUGGGGUGUGUGGCUCAGGAGCGGGGUCUACGGGGCUCUGACUUCAUUUCCUCCCCCAGAGCUGCCCCUGACAGUGAGACCCGGGAAGAUUAGGGUUUACCUGGACUAUGAGGGGGGACGGCUGACAUUUUUCAACGCUGAUAACGUGUCUCCCCUCUACACCUUCACCCACACUUUCACUGAGAAACUUUACCCUCUCUUCUAUCCCGGUUUGAAUGACGACAGCGAAAACUUGGAGCCGCUGAGAAUCUGCCGGUAAUAACGCAGGGGGUGGGACUCUGGAUUGUACCCAAGGUGUAAACUUUGCUCACAAUAAAGCAUCUGAUACAACGUCAA